AUGAUUCUUAGAGUUGCAUCAAUCUGCCACCAUUUUCUUUGGUUAAGUGUUUUUUCAUGGACUGUUGUUAUUUCAACUGAUAUCGCGAAACGAAUGCUUAACAUGAAGCGCUACACCAUACACCAGAAGAAAACUGAAAGAAGGCCAACAUCUAACCAUAAAAACAGGGUAACUUUUAUCAUUUAUUUCAAAUUAUUCUUCAUUCUUGGAUUGUCAUGGAUAGUUGGUAUUAUUUCGUCCAACGUUUAUCUAUGUUCAUUUUAA